UCGUCAGCAGGCAGAAGUACUUCUUUAUCUCUGAACUUUGACGUUGAUUGUGAUAGACUUGAACGGAAAGAAGCAGAGCAAAGAACAAAGAACAGAGGAGAGUAGGCGAUUUCUUGAAAAGCGAAGGUUCACUGCUGCAUUUAAGAACGCUUUUUCACUCAGGUAAUAUUAUUUCCUGUCUGAAGCACUGAUGGCUGUGAUGGCUGGCAGAGUGUGUGUCACUGUGACCCUGCUCAUGUGUGUUCUUGGAGGCCAAGCUCUGCACCUGCGGAGGCUGACUGCAACAUCAGGGAAUUCUCCCUCCACUCCCACAGUGCGCUGCCGCUGUGCGAGCUACCCAAACGUGACUCUUUGCUCGUGGCCUGAACCCUCUCACCCCACACCAACACACUACGUUGCCACUUACAGCGAGAGACACAGGCGGUCGGUCACCAAGCACUGCCAUCUCAUUCAACCCGGCUCUUCGUCCUCUGAUCUGAUUUCAACAUCGUCACCCUCAUCUGAUCAGCUCUGGCAUUGUCCCCUGCCCAGGCUGAAGCUCCUCACUGACUACAUCAUCAACGUCACUGCAGUUUAUUCUGGGAGAAACAGCGUCCAUCUUUCAAGCUUUAUGUUGGAGGAUAUAGUGAAACCGGAUCCCCCUGUAAACGUCCAGGUUAGCCCUUAUGACUUCAGAAACUUGUCGGUGCAAUGGUCUCCUCCCCCUACCUGGGCUCUCCUGGACAUCUUCCCUCUCAAAUACCAGAUCAAGUACCAGUGGGAAAGCAGAGGCAUCCAAAAGUCUGUCAAUUUGGGUCCAUAUGAGAGCACCAAGGUUGAGCUGAAGCUGAGGAGCCCCGGGAGGACCUACCUGUUCCAGGUGUGUGCUAAAGAGCUGCUGGGUCUGGGCGAGUGCAGCGACUGGAGCGCACCUGUAAAAAUCACCAUACCAAAAAAGUAAUCACAGAGACUCCUUAUCACUUCCUGUUUUGUUUAACUCUUUACUUUCAAGCUAGUCGUGAAGUUAAGCUGAAAAACUCUAGACAGGUUGCAUUCAAUGCAUGCAAAAGUUAUUUAUAUUUUGUUUUAUUUAUAAAUGAAUGAAUGGACUUCAUCUAUAAGGUGUACAACAAGCAUUUCCAUUUGACAUUUUAAUAUAUUUGUUGUAAUACUGUUGGUUUGAGAUGUUUCUCUUUGAAAAACUGAUACUGUGACAUUGGUUAUUACGUUUUUACAUUCCACUUUAUAAAUUAUGUUAUAUUAUAUUUUUAUAUAUUUUAGUCCUGACAUGAAAGCUCUACAUUUGUAUGAAAAAUAUAAUAAAAUCAACGCAUUCCAACUGAA